GCAGUCACUCGCCAUACGCCACGCAGCCAGUGUCGACUCAAUGAUAUUUAACAUGUUAGAUGCGUCGUUGUGAUUGUUAACGUGAUCGUAACUAGUGAAAGUGAUCUACUGUUUUAUAUCGUUGCCACUUAAAGAUGGCCAAACUCUACAGUUUUCUCCUUGGCGUGCUGAUUAUGCAAUUGAGUGUCAGCGCUGCUCCAAGUGAGGUCGAAAAAAUCGAAGAUUUCACCAAAGUCGAUGAAGAAUCAAAACUGGAAGAAAUCGAACCAAAACUACUAGAUAAAUUAGGAACUAAACUCGAUGGAAAAACUUUGCCCUUAGUGGAUGAAGAGUCAGACAAAUCUGAACAAAGUCAACGGCAAAAAAGAUGGUACAACCCAUUGGGGUAUCCUCCCGCUAAUCCUGUAUUCUUCGAAAGCUUCGGCAAAAGAGAUCAAAAUUUUAAUACAGGUUAUGAAUAUAAUGAUCCUUUCGUAGAAAUUCACAGAAGAUUGUUGGACAUAAGCAACGUUGUGCGACAAUCACCGCCGCCGCCCCCACCCCAGUUUCCACCAAUAUCAACAAGUCAAUUUCCAUUCUAUUUACCUGUGUUUUAUGUGCCUCAAAUCGGCUGUAGUUGUCCACCACAAAUUGACAACUCUCAAGUUACUCCAAACCCUGACCAAGAAAAUAAUACGCUACCAGUAGACAAUGAAAAAAACAUAACCAUGCCUGACGGAGUUGAGAAUCGUUUUCCUGUAUUAGAUGAUCCUAGACAAAAUUUUGGCCUUGUUAUUAAUGAAACUGAUCCCGACGAUGAAGGCGAUGAUGUGGGUAGACCUAUUUCAUUUGACCCCAUCCAACCAGACAAGCCUAUGGUUAGACCGCCGCCUCCAGUGGAACACGGAAGUAGUCAAGGAUCAGUUAAUGAUGGUGCUGGCCAACCUGGUCCACCUCCUACCACAUUUCGACCAACGGGAAGGCCAGGAAAUCCAAUAACAGCGAAUCCAUUCUUGCAGACUUCAACAUCGAGCCCAUUCCCAGAAGCACCCAAUGCAUGCGAUGGAGCCGUUCUGAGCUGUUGUCAUCAGUUCGAAGUAACGUAUGACUGCUUUGCGGUACAAGGAUGUCCUGACCCGACUUCUUAUGGCAAUCCUUGCGAUCCUAGUGUCAUACUUAGAGUCAUUAAUCGAUUUCAAAGAUUCUAUGGUCAAAGAACAGGUUGAAUAGUAGAAUAAUGUAGUGCCAGAUUAAUUAAAAGCAAAAUUGUGAUAAUGUGAUAUGUCUUGCAUUCAAGAUGGUUCAUUUUUUCUUCAUAAUAUAAUAUUAUAUUUACCUACUAGAAAUUUGAAAAUAGCCAAAAAUAAAAGCCUUGAUUGUAUUUAUAAAAUUGUAGAUCCAUGGCUUUGCAAUUAGUAUUAAUUGCAUUUUUGGAUAAAAGUUUUGGUGUACGCCUGCGGGAUAAUAUGUUAAAUUGAAAUCUAAUUUAAUGGUCACCAGGGUCCGGAUAUAUAAACAAAUUUUAAUAAACCAAUAAUGUUCUGCAAAAUUUAACAGUAGGAAAUGUGUCCUACUGCACCUCCCUACUACUACCACCUACUACGUAGGUAUACUGUACUCGUAAUUACCCCCCGUAUGAUGCAUGUUGUGAUACAUAUGAUGUUAAUAAUGUGGUUACGUCAUUUUCAUGGGAUGAUUUAUAAUUACUUGCAUUGUAGUAACGAAUAAACCUAUGCAGUAUCUACUUAAGGAUACGCUGUCUGUACAAAUACAAACAUCUAUGGUACACCUAUAUAUUUGUAUUUGUUUGAUUUAAGAACUAAAACAAUAUGUACCUAUUGGACGAAUUUUAAGCAGCCUUUAUUUAAAUGUUCUGUUUCAAUGCAUUAUGUACAUCAUGUUUGCAAAAUCAUUUCAGGUGUAGAAAUAACUAUAUAUAAUUUAUUAACAUUUAUUUAGAGACAACCUGCGCAAUGAUUGAUAAAUGUAUAUUUAUGUCCAUAAGUAUUAUACAUUAAAAUUAGACAAAUAACCACAGAUUAAGUAUAUAUCUCAUUGUUGUUGUAAACGUAAUCAAGAACUUUACAGUCAUGAUCUCUUGGUUCCUAUCUAUCAUUAUCAAUAUGUACUUAGUUCCUUAAUAAGUAAACUAAUUUGAUAAUUUCUGUUAAUUUUUCCUCAUACAUCACAUGUUCUUAUUAUUUAAGAUAUUUAUGUAAGUUAACUUGUGAGUACUGUAAAUAAUAAUAGUCAAUAUAAUUAAUUAUAAUUAUGCAGCAGAAUUGUAAAAUAAUAUAUAUUCAAUGCGAUAAUACUCAAUAAUGGACGAUUUCCAUAUUCUAUUUGCAACGGAUUUAUUUUUUUACCAAACACGUAAAAAGUAAUUGUAAAUUUAUUCCGAAGAUAAUAAAUGACCAGUAUUUAUCAAUAAAAUAUUAGGUAUGAAA